CGAUAUAAUAAUAAAAUUAGAAAAUAAGAAAAGUUGUAUCGUUUAACAUUUUCCAUUAAGCUCAAUAAACUUCGGCCCAAAAUAAAAACUUUAAUUUGGCGUCCUACAAUUUACAACCGAAGAACACGUUACUCGGUGCUCCGUCUUCUUCAUCAUCAACAGGCCACAUCCCCUCCAUCAGAUCCGCGUUUAUCACCACCAGCAAAGGGCUGUUUUCCUGCUGGCCUUGAAGCCCCUUCUGCCCCCUGACUGAUAUUUAUGGCGACGAUGGCGGCGGAAUUCGUCGGUGGGAGAGGCGGUGGCGUAGGAGGAGGAGGAGGAGGUGGAACUUUGUCGGAUAUUUAUCAAAAUUGCAAGAGGCUGCUCCUCAAGUCACGCGAUGGAUUGGAGAGACUAGAGCGUCUGGAGUACUCCUCGUCGUCAUCUCUGGACUCUUCGCCGGAGCUUUUUGAUUCUGUGAAGCGAGAUAUCUCUCAAAUUCUCUCCCUCUGUACUGAAAUGGAUCACAUGUGGCGAUCAAUCCCCGCUGACCCCGCGAAAUCCCAGCGCGGCCUCUGGAAAAGAAAAGUGGAGCAAGUGGCUGAAGAGGCUGAGUCAUUGAAAGAGAGUCUAGACAGGUAUUCACUGCGGUAUCAAAGACGAAAACAAGAAGCUCAGGAGAGAGCUGAAUUGCUAGGACGAGCUAACGGGGAAUCUUCUCAUAUUUUGAGGAUCUUCGAUGAGGAAGCUGAAGCGAGGCAGUCAGUUCAGAGCUCAUCUAGAAUGCUGGAAGAAGCAUAUGCAACUGGGGUGGCUAUACUGUCAAAAUAUAGUGAGCAAAGGGAUCAUCUAAAGAGAGCACAACGGAAAGCACUUGAUGUUCUUAACAGACUGGGGCUAUCAAAUUCUGUUUUGAGGCUUAUUGAAAGGCGUAAUCGUGUGGAUAGAUGGAUUAAAUAUGCGGGCAUGGUUAUCACAAUCAUCAUUGUGAUCAUGGUUUGGAGGUGGACGAGCUAGAAUAUUCAACAUGGUGUGAUUGGUCCGCUGCCUUACGUUUCCUGUCUUUUGGAGAGUGUCAUCUAUUGAGAUUUGGGAUUUGAUUCAAGGUGAUACUAAAUUUGUCGGCACCAGAUAAAAUUGCUGGGAUUUGAUUCAAGGUGAUACUAAAUUUGUCGGCACCAGAUAAAAUUGCUAAUUGUAUAUAUUAUUUGUUGUAUUAUUAAUGGCUGAGAAUGGUUAUUUUUAAAUAGAUCGAAUGACGACAUCAUUCCUUCGUUUGAUUAGGUUGAAUUUGAUAUCUGAUGUAUUGUAUUCUUGAUACUUCUAAAACUCUCCACCUUGCCGUGCAUAACUCGUAAGCUUGUUGAAUGAUACUCCCUUAUCCCGAAGUAAAGGUUUUGUUGAACUAAAUAAGGUUGUAAAGAUGUAGUGACGUAACAUCUGAAGAACAGAUGUUCGAUUGAGUCGUCUUUCAUUCACAUAAGGUUCAUGGGAACAUCUGAAUGUGUGAGCUAAUCUUAUUUUGAUUACUGGGCUAGUCUUAACAGGUGUCAUGAAGUUUGAAUUCUGGCGGAUCGGGUUUUUAUCUUGGCGGGUCUCUGUUUCGGGUAAUUAAAAAUCAUCAGAUUCGGGCAUAAGAAUGACAGCGUUUGAGGUGGAUUGGGGCUGAAGCUGAGUAAAUUUCCCAGAAGCUUCCCUUCAUGCAAGACGACAGAAAUGCUUAGCUGUAAUAGUUUUUCCAUUGCUGCAUUAUCGCUUUCUUUUUUUUUUUUUUUUGUUUAAUUAUCUAAAUUAUGUUGAGGGUAGGAGAGAUUUCUUAUAUAUUGUACGAACGGUGAUGAUGGAAGAUCAAGCUUUUGAUGAAUGAAAUAUCUCAUCUCCUUUCCUGUC